ACGAUCCGCACGCUCACAGCUGCUGCAGGAGAGGAGAGAGGCGCACGUGCCCAACGGCUCCUGAAGUUUGAAUUUGCUGACGCACGCGCUGCGAGUUUAGCGACCGUUACUGCUAGCUAACUAGGUUAGCUGGUUUUCCCGUUGAGAGAAACCCCUCUGGAAAACCGUGAUUUUCUCACAUUUCUGGCUUUUUCACACAAGAAAGGGGUCGCUGACUCUGUUUUCUAGUGAAGGAUGCGUUUUCUGGGGUUUUCUGAGACUGCUCUGCUCAUCAUAUCCCUGCUGGAGACAGUAAGAGGACUUCCAACCUUUGUCGGAAAGUAUGGAGAGACCAUUGACGUGCCUUGCGGCGAAGGGAAGGACAAGCCAGAAAAACUCUUUUUAACCAAAUGGAAAUAUACCAAAGCGGACGGCAGCACUGGUGACCUCCUAAAACUUUCAGAUAAAAAUCUUGCAAUUAUCCCUGAUGUGGAUUACACAGGGAGAGUGAACCUCACACAGGACCUAAGCCUGCGCAUUACCCAAACCAGGCUGUCCGAUCAGAAGAUGUACACCUGUAUGUUGGUUGCGGGUGAAGACAUACUUGAGUACCCUGUUCAAGUGAGAAUUCUGAAGACCCCCUCUGCACCCACAAUCACCAAUCAAGCUAAAGAAAUGGAAAUUGGAAAGCCAACACUGCUUGGAGAGUGUUCUACCAAAGACGCCAAUCCAGCAGCUAACAUCACAUGGCUAAAGAACAACGUGCCGCUCAUGUCUGAUGAGAAAGCUAUAAAGAUCACCACGACUGUGCAGACAGACAAAACAACCGGCCUUGCAUCUACAUCCUCUAAACUUGAGUACACAGCUGUGAAGGAAGACCUGAAUGCUAAGUUUGCGUGUGCUGUGAAACAUAGCAGCUUGACAGCAGAUUUAGUGUCCACUCCUGUAGACUUCGUCAUUAACUACCCCACUGAGAAGGUCAGUCUCCAGGUCGUUGCUGCAGACGCGAUCAAGGAGGGAGACAAUGUGACCCUGAAAUGUAAAGCUGAUGGGAAUCCACCACCCUCCAGCUACAGCUUCCACAUCAAGGGGAAGAAGGUGAAAGUGGAGAACUCAGACAGUCACACUCUGACCAACGUCACACGAGCCAAUACUGGAGAGUACAAGUGCUCCCUAGUGGAUAACGAUGCAAUGGCAGCCUCUGUGAAUAUCACAGUUAUGUAUUUGGACAUCACCAGCAUCACAAAAGGAAAAGUUGUUAAACAGUUAGAUGAGAGCUUUGAGCCAACACUUUUUGUGAACGCAUCCGGAGAGCCAAAAGUCACCUGGUCAAAGAACAACAUCAGCCUGAAUUCACCUCCUAAGUUUGACAAGCUGAAGUACUCAGACUCUGGGGUUUACGAAUGUGUUGUUUCCAUGCCUGGACUCUUCAGAAAAGCCUCGUUUGAACUGAUUAUACAGGGUGCCCCAGUGAUCAACAAGCUGUCUAAGAAACUCAGUAACAACGGCAAUUUCAAAGUCCUGAGCUGUGAGGCUGAAGGAUCACCCAAACCUACAGUCCAGUGGAGCAUCAAUGGCACUAAUGCUACUGAGACUCCUUACGUGGGAGGGAGGGUCACGCACAGAAUCACCAUCAUUCCAACAGUCAAUCUCACAGUUAACUGCACUGUUUCUAAUGAACUGGGCCAGGCUUCAAAGAGCCUUGAUGUGUCAACUCUAUUUGAGGAGGUGACAGUGGACAAGCGAGCAGAAGAUUCAAAUGACCAGACUCGAGUGGCAGUGGGGGUCGUCAUAGGUGUGAUUCUGGCAGCUGUGGCUAUUGGCCUGAUUUAUUGGAUAUACAUGAAGAGAACCAGGCAAGGUACCUGGAAAACUGGAGAAAAAGAGGAUGGCACAACGGAGGAAAGCAAAAAGCUGGAGGAGAAUCAGAGUCAAAAAGCAGAGGUGUAAAACCACAGGAUCCGUUCAGGGAGAGGAGGCAGUAUUGUAGCACACUGUAUUGCAGUCUGCGCAGAUGUACGCAAAGCUGAUAGGAGGACAUCACACGGAGCUGAUGGACCACUGUCAGAACUGAUGUCUGUAAUGAUCUUUCCAUCCUCCAACCAAACCUGAGACCUUCUAAAUUAUGUGUGUUGUAUAGAGUUCUGUGUAAUGUAUCUGUUUGGAAACUUGUGUAUGUUUAACGUUAAUUAUGUUGCCAUUUACAUUUUUUUUUAUUGUUAAAAUUAGAUGCCAUUUGUUUCGGCCGGUUUACCUCACAUGUAAAAAAAACUAGCCUUUAUACUGUGACUCCCUUUGCUUUUUGAAAUAAGGUGUUAUUUGGUAGCUGUUUGCUUUUAUAUAUAUAUAUAUUUCUGUUCCUCACCAAUUGUUCAGAUCAAAUUGGGCAUAGCAUCUGAUACACAGCUACUAUUAACAGUUAUCACAUUAACAGUUAUUUUUUUGUAUAUUUUUUGCAGUUGGUUGAGCACUUGCUCAGGUUUCAGUUAAUUUUUGCUAAGCAUUAAUUAUGUUCUUCAUUAAAUAAAAUGCUAAAGUAAGUCUGCAUGUGGGGGCAUGGAUCUGCAUUUACUGGAUAGUUAAUCAUCUAAAACUAAGGGUACUUUAUGGAAGUAAAAUCUGAUUGUAAGGCUUCCAGAAUAGUACAUAUUGAUGACAACUUAAUGAUGAAAUUAUGAAAAAGCUAAACAUUAACUCUUUGUGACUUAAGGAAGUAAGUUGAAUAUAGACUCUAUACACUGAGUACUGAUAUAUUGUUGUUAAAGUCAGUACUACUGGUUCAGGAUCCAUCUUUUCUUUUGAUGAAUAUACAAUUUUUUUUUUUCUGAAUCAUAGCUAGGAUGUUACAGUAAUGGCAACUGUUGAUUGGUGCCAGGCAAAUAUACAGCUCUGGAAAAAAUUAUAAGGCCACUUCAGUUUCUGAAGCAUGUUCUCCUCCACCAGUCUUACACACUGAUUUUGGAUAACUUUAUGCCUUUACUCCUGGUGCAAAAAUUCAAGCAGUUCAGCUUGGUGGUUUGAUGGCUGUUGAUCAUCCAUCUUCCUCUUGAUUAUAUUCCAGAGGUUUUAGAUCAAAUUAAAGAAACACGUCAUUUUUAAGUGGGAUCUUAUUUUUUUUUCAGAACUGUAUUGUCUGGCUGAUAACAUUGGCUGAAAUUAAUAGCCUGGGAGAGAAAAAAAUGUGAUAAUAGUGAAUGGUUUUUGUCAAACUCUCAACCUGCUGAUACAGUUUUACCUACAUGACAGCCACAUAGGCUAAUCUGAUGGGUAUUUCUCAGUUUAGCCACAAAACUUAAACCUAAAUUCAAAUCUAUCCCAAUAGGAGAUGAAGUGAAGAACAUUCAUAAUGACUAUGAACUAUGACAUUCUGCUUUGUGAAACACCUAAUACUCUGAUAAACCUAUACCCAAGCUAAACCUUACAAAAAUAGAAAGAGAGAUUUUGAAGAAACUUUUAUUUGACGUUGUAUUUGUUUUGAUUUGUUUUGAAGUUUCAUAAAUUAGACAAGUGAAAUCUGCAAAUUAGUCAGUUAAGCACUGCUAUCUAAACUCUUGGAGUAUUGCUUUAAAAUCUAUAGCUGCAAUAUGGAAAAUGUCAGCUAUUUUCUAUUUCUGCUGGUGAUCAGACCUUGCAGACUUGAAGGCCUUUUAAAAACCCUGAUGUUUAAACUAUGUAACCUUCCUGUGUACUUGAGCUUACUUCAUUUAAAAACCCUAAUGUGAAUACUUCAGAGUAUUAAAUGCUGAAAUUGGAAUUCUGUGUAGAACCACACACAUCAUAGUUGCGGUACAAAACUUAAACUAAAAGAGAAUGAAUGCUUUAAAGUUGUAAAUAUUGCUGAGGUUUUGUUAUUUUUGUGUUCUAUUUAUAAUUUUGAUGCUUUGAAACCGUUGGCUUUGUUUCAUCCUUCUGUUAGUUUAGUACGUUUCUCGAAAAACAGUUGAGCUGGUUCUGAAAUGCGCAGUGAGACUCAGUGAGAGCUGUGUUCUCGCAGGCUGCUGUACAAAUGUGAUAUUCUAAUACUGAUUCUGAUCUGCUAUUCUUCUGUCUGUAUAUUGGUGCUUUGUAUGCCAGAAUCAAUUUCUCUAGCUGUUCUAUUUGCAUUUAAGUGACCAGUGAGACCAAAGAGAGUGAUUGCAGACAUGGAAGUAUUGUAAAUAAUGCUGUUCUUUCUUUUUGUUUCAUUAGUUUUUUUUCUGUUUUCGUUUGUUUUUUGUACCUUUGUUUAAAUAAAGUAUACAUUUUAGAAAAUC